AUGGUUAAAAUCGUUAAUAAGCGUAAAUUUAACGGCGGGCAAAAAAAAAACGUUAUUUCCAACGGGGCGUUUUGGAAAGCGCUAAAAGCUCGCGAUACGCAUUGGAACGGCGGCAAAAUCGCCGGCUUCGCGAAGUAUUUAAGCCCGGAAUUAAUCGAAAUUUUGUUAAUUGCUUAUAAAGUUAAAAGCAGCAACGUUUUUUUGCUUACCCUUUGCGUUUGCGCGGAUUGCUGCUUAAAAAGCUUUAUAAUUAAUUUCGUUAACGUUAACGUGCACAAGCUAAUCCCGCACGUUAUCGCUCGGCACUUGCACGGCUUCUUUAACUUCGAUUUCGAUUUCGACCCCAACUUUAACCAGCGAAUUUAUUGUAUAAAGCGCUUAUAUUGCGCUAAAAGCAAAUGUGCCGAAAUUUUUAAACUUUUGCGCAAAUUGGCCGGCGUUUUUGCAACGGUAAUGUUAAAAGCACGGGCGAAACCGCCCGGCAAAAAGCGGGAAGCGUUAAAUGCACGGGCGAAACCGCCCGGCAAAAAAGGAAAAAGGGGGCGCUAG